AUGGAGACCACACCCACAAACCUGGAGACCACACCCACAAGCCUGGAGACCACACCCACAAGUUUGAAGAUCACACCCACAAGCCUGGAGACCACACCCACAAGCCUUGUAGACCACACCCACAAGUCUGGAGACCACACCCACAAGUCUGGAGACCAUACCCACAAGUCUGGAGACCAUACCCACAAGUCUAGAGACCACACCAGCAAGCCUGGAGACCACACCCGCAAGCCUGGAGACCACACCCAGCCUGGAGAUCACACCUGCAAGCCUGAAGACACACCCACAAGUCUAGAGACCACACCCACAAGUCCACACCCAGUCUGGAAGACUACACCCACAAGUCACCACACCCACAAGCUAGAGACCACACCCACAAGUCUGGAGACCACACCCACAAGUCUGAGACCACACCCACAAGUCUGGAUACCACACCCACAAGUCUGGAGACACACCCACAAGAGUCUGGAGACCACACCCACAAGUCUGGAGCCACACCCACAAGUCUGUAGACCACACCCAUAA